GCCGUGUCCGCAGCAGAGCUGCCUGGGGUAUGAGGAGGAAGCUCGCUUCGCGUUGCAGGUGGACCCUUGUCUUGGCUGAGAAAUGCUUCUGCAUCUGGAGGGGUCCACCUCGGCAUGGGAUGCCUCUCACCAGGAGUGGCCCCAUGUGGGCUUAUAUCUUGGCCCAUGAGAAUGCUGUCCCCUUCUGGAGAUCCCUUAUGGGGCCCACCAAAGUAUUCCAAGCCCGCAACAGCGUCCCAGACUCCAUCCGAGGAGCUUAUGGCCUCACUGACACCAGGAAUACUACUCAUGGCUCAGAUUCACCAGCAUCAGCCAGCAGAGAAAUUGCCUUCUUCUUCCCAGAGUUCAAUGAACAGCUCUGGUACCAGCAGGAAGAGCCACGUCUGCGCUGUGGGCAGGUGUAUUACAAUGCAGAGGAGCGUGUCCACUGUGUGUUCAGGGAUGAAGAAACAGAGUUGACCUGAGUUACCCAGGGGUAUGGUUUGCUGAGCUGGAAUUAGCUGCUAGGUACAUGGCUUGGGUCAGCCCCAUAACAAGACAUAGAGCCAUGGUAUUUCUUAAGGAGCGUGGGGGAGGGAAAGACGUCAUGCACAUUAUGUUGUGCUACCUGGGAUUGUGUUAUUCAUGCAGCAUACAGGUGCUGGGGCAUUUUGGGAAAAACUUCUCAAGCAGCAGUACUCCAAACUGAUAUAGAGGUCUAGCUAUGCAGUUCACUGGUCCCUUGUGUUUAUUCGGAUAUGAGCAGUACAGGUGAGUUCACCAAAGGGCUAGGUGGAAAGGAGGUUGCUAGUUCCGGUUAGGAAAUGAUUGAUUUUGCUGAUAGUAGGUCUCAGGUUCUUAAUAUUUGCUCUGUUCCCAUAGUCUCUUAAGGAGAAAAGAGGAGGAAAAGAAUAUGAAAAAAGGAGCAGUAAGCAAGGCAAUAUUAACUCUCCUGUUCUUGUUUUCCUGGAUCCAAGCUGAGAAAAAAGGUUGUCUUCAGUUUUGUAUCAUGAUUUGUAUCUAAGCAUCUGGUGGAGGGUACAGUUCAAAGCCAUUCUGAAGAGAAAAGCAGCAUAUCCUACUGGUUCAUUUUGGUCUGGGCUACCAAGACUGCAGCAGAACUUCAAGGGGAAGCUGCAGAAAGUUGUGGAGUAGUCCGGUGCCUGUGAAGGAUCUUCUGGUUUGUGCUUUUUGGAUUGACUGGGGCAUGAGAUCAGUAGUUCUGAUGAAACUGGACAGUGGCUGUUAGAGCUAUGGAUUUCUUGAAUCCAUAAUAAAAGACCAGAAAAGUUAAUUUGAAUGCUGGUACGCAGAGGCUGUACAAUUUCUGCCAGGAGCUCUUUACAUUAAGCCUGUAGCAAAAUGCCUAACGGCAACUGAAAGACUUCAUUGUCUAUAGAAGCAUUGAAGCACUGAGUUCCAUAUUCUUUGUAAAUUUUAUGGACAAAGUCACUUAAUUAUCCAAAUAAUUGAUUAAAUUAUUAUACAGUGGUGCAUGAGGAAUUGGUUUUGAGGUAUGAUGCAAGAUUUUAACAUGCUUAUUCAUGUUUUCCUGUUCGAUGCAUUUGAAGAUCUGCUGCUGUAUGAGUUUCAAUCUGUUUAAACUGUGCCCCUAAUAGCUUCUUGCAGUGUUUGGGUUUUUUUUCGUUAAGGUGCUGUGUUUUACUGAGCAAACUUCUUGGGGAUAAUUUCAAAUGCACUGUGUUAGUGAAGGUAACUUUGUAAUGUACUUGGGGCAGCAAGUUUGUUAGCCUGACUCCCUUGUUCUGAAGCUGUGUGCCUAGCAUCGAUGAUACUGGUUGCUAAAGCUGUUGAUUGAGUCCCAAAUUUACUAGUGCAUUAUUGUGUCACAGAUCAAAGGCAAGUUACUCUUUGACUGGCUUAAGACGACUAUGUGAAACGUCGGGUGUUUGAUUGAAAAAUGUCUAAUUGUGGGAAGUGCUGCCCCAGAGUUUCCUCAGUUAAAGACAUCAACAUUUUUGUUCCUUCCUUACUAUUAUACAAGAUUAAAUGCAGUCCUUGUUUUGUUCCAGGUACAGAUCAAAAGGGUCUGUGGAAUAUUUCUGCAUUUUUGCAUUGCUGCUUUUAUUUUCACCAGCAGUAUCCAGUGAUGGAUCUGCUCGUGAUUGAGUAUGUGUUUAUACAAGUCUGAAAUCUUUCUGUCCUUAAUGCGACUGUCAGUUGAUACUUCAUUGAUUCACUGAGCUUCUCUUAAGUUAUGUGUGUUUUUCUUGUAGCUAUUGACCCUUACUGUUUUUUUUCUUCACCUUUCUUCUUUAUAUUGUGCUUUCUUUUUUUUUGGAUAUUAAUUUGGGAUGUCAUUAAAUGAUAAUUCCUAGCUUA